AUGGCCAAGUUUGCUCUGUCUCUGCUCUCUCUGCUGCUCCUCUUGGCCUCCGCCGCCGCCGUGGGCAUUACGAAUCCCAUCGGCCGCUGCCGCGGCGAGAUUGAGCGCCAGAGGCUGAGCUCUUGCCAGCAGUAUCUGAUAGAUGGCAGCCGAUUCGAUUCAACGCCGCAAGAAGAGGGCCGCGGCUGGCGGGAGGCAUUCCCUCGGUGCUGCGACGAGCUGGAGCAGAUAAAUCAGCAGUGCCGCUGCGAAGCUGUCAAGCAGGUGGCGAUGGAGCAGAGAGAAGCAGGAGCGCUGCAAGGAAGAGAAAUGAGAGAGAUGAUGCAGACAGCACAAAGGUUGCCUAGUUUAUGUCGCAUUUCACCUCAAUAUUGUGACAACAUAGGAGAAAGACCUAUGUUUUAG